AUGGCAACACGGCGGUCAAGGUCUCCUUCGACCCCAUCAGAGGGUGAGAUCAUCGAGUCAGGCUCAGACACGAAGGCAACUACGUCGCAAACCUCUUUUAAUAAUGACACCAACGUUGACCGUAACCCCAGAAACGAUGUUUUGACGCCAAAGUCCCCUGUUUCUAGCAGGCCGUAUCACCCUGAACGCUCAAGAUCCCGCUCUCCGUACUACAGAUCUUCCAGAGGCGAAAAGCGGCGACGAGAUGAAUACUAUGACUACGACAGAGGCGGCCGCGGAGGACGCAUGAAAUUUUCAACCGGUACAUAUGAUGAUGGCUAUUAUGGCCGUGGAAACUCUCGCCGACAAAAUCAACGCUCGUACUACGACCACGAUAAGAACGAUAGCUACGAUCGGGAUAGUCGAGACUUGCAGUAUAGUGACGAUUAUGACCGGCGACCGGACAAACGACCGAGAACUCGGAGUCGUUCUCCGUACCGCGAUCCCAGGAAGCAGAGACAAUAUUCUGGCGAUGAAGGCUUUAGUAGGAACAUCAAAGUAUCAGAUGGCAGGGCUACAGGCCGCAGACAGGAGGAGAGCAAGUUGUCUACAGAACAGUCAGUGAGCGAACGAGGAAAUCCCUCAGUUAACGCUCAAACUUGGAGACAAGAGGCUGAAAAUCGAGAAUCUCAGAUGCAGCAGAAUCGUUCCGGCCGUGGACCCAAUACAGAUACUAAUCCGUCCACUCAAGGCACAACUGAAGACAGUGAAAUGUCGGUAGAACCAGUUGAUGAAGCUACUCUGAUUGAACAGCGGCGGAAACGUCGUGAAGCAAUUAAGGCUAAGUAUCGUGACACAUCAAAGCCCCUCAUAGUUCAAGCUUUGAAGCUUGGAAACCCAUCCGAGUCUACGAACGAUUCCGCAAAAACCACACCGAAUGUGGAUGAAACAGGCUCCUGCGUUGCAUCCCCGACGGCCACUCCUGUUGACACACCAGGUUCCCAGUCUCCUGCUGACUUCCAAGUUGCAAAUGAUGAAGAUCUUGCCAAUACAGACUUACGCGACAGGAGCGGAAUUAAUAAGGAAGAACCCUGUGCUGCCGAUUACGACCCGACAUCUGAUAUGAGGGAAGAUAAAAAGAGGCAUGACAAGCGACACUUUGGAGAUGACCUCUCUGCCGCCUCUUAUGACGAAACGAAGACCGGUCAACCUGCUGCAGCCUUAGUUCCACAAGCUGAAGAAAAGCCUACUUCGACGAAAGCUCGAGAUGCGUUUGACAUGUUCGCCGAAGACGAUGACGAUAUGUUUGCGGAAGAACCGCCCUUGUCAAUGAGACUGGAUGGCCCGGCGGGUCUUCAACCAAGCAGUGCAAAGCCUCAGGAACUUGAUAUGAGCUUGUUAGACAAUUGGGAUGACCCUGAGGGUUACUAUAAUGUCAUGCUGGGUGAGUUGAUCAACGGUCGGUAUCACGUUCAGCAAAUCCUAGGCAAGGGCAUGUUCUCCUCUGUUGUACGUGCUACAGACUCGAAGACUGGGAAACUAGUAGCAGUGAAGAUUGUUCGAAACAACGAUACGAUGCGGAAAGCAGGCAUGACGGAGAUAGAUAUUCUACAACUGUUGCAAAACGCAGACCCAGACGACAAGAAACACAUUAUCAGGUUCGAGAGGCAUUUCGACCACAAGAAUCACCUGUGUAUGGUCUUUGAGAAUCUCAGCAUGAACCUUCGCGAGGUCCUCAAAAAGUUCGGCCGGGACGUCGGCAUCAACCUACGUGCCAUCCGGGCAUACGCUCAACAGAUGUUCCUUGGAUUAAGCCUUCUACGCAAAUGCAAUAUCCUUCAUGCCGAUAUCAAGCCCGAUAACCUCCUCGUCAACGAGAAUAGAAACCUUCUGAAGAUAUGUGAUUUGGGUUCCGCCUCCCUAGCUUCAGAGAAUGAGAUCACCCCUUACCUCGUUAGUCGGUUCUAUCGUGCCCCUGAAAUCAUACUCGGAAUUCCCUAUGACUAUAGCCUGGACGUAUGGUCGAUAGGCUGCACGCUAUUCGAGCUAUACUCUGGCAAAAUUCUCUUUACGGGGCGCAAUAACAACCAGAUGCUGCGGUCUAUCAUGGAAUGCCGUGGUAAAUUCCCGCCGAAGUUCCUCCGGCGUGGGACCCUGGCCCAUCUUCACUUUGACGACCUACUUAAUUUCCGCAGCUUGGAGGAAGAUAAAAUUACGGGGCGCAUGGUGACGAAGGUUCUUGACUUUAAAAAGUCGACGCGAGACCUGAAGUCUCGGUUAAUUGGGAAAGGCGCAAGACUUGAUGACGCGGAGUCUAAGGAGAUAACGAUGUUCAUUGACCUCCUAGACCGGUGUUUGAAUCUUAACCCAGAAAAACGAUGCACCCCUUCAGAAGCACUUCGGCAUCCGUUUAUCGCGAGGAACAGCAAAGUUUGA